AUGGCCAUGAAGAACUCAAUCCACCAUCGCCUUUGGCAUCGGGAAUGCGGGGAUCAGUCCCAAUAUGCCGGGCUCCGGGGGAUUUAUGGGUCUCAGGAAUGGGUUGAUGGACUCGAUAUUGUGAAUGAGCUUGGUGGGCACACGGGCUGCGUGAACGCUCUGAGUUGGUCACGAUCAGGACGUCUCUUGGCGUCCGGCUCGGAUGAUCAGUACGUCAAUAUCUACUCGUACCAAUCCGAAUCCUCCAAUGCUCCAUUCGCGCUGAACACUACCCUAUUCACCGGGCACAAGGCCAACAUAUUUUCCGUCAAGUUUAUGCCACAUUCCAACGAUGGAACUCUGGUCACAUGUGCAGCCGAUUCAACCGUGCGCGUGUUUGAUAUUGAAUACUCUAGUGGCAGGAAUGAUGCUGCCACCUCGGCAUUUGAAGGCUCCGCUCGAAGCCGCCGCUUCACUGAAUUCUUCGGCGACGCGCGAUACUUGACCGAUGGCAAUACCAAUGCCAGGGUUUAUCGCAGCCACGCCGACCGCGUGAAGCGCAUUGUCACUGAAUCAUCUCCAUACCUCUUCCUUACGUGCUCCGAGGAUGGUGAGGUUCGCCAAUGGGAUCUGCGGCUUCCGUCUAGUGCAUAUCCUGCCCCGCGAGGUGGCCAGGGAUUCAUGUCAUACCGACCAGGAUUGCAGCACGAUGACUCGAAUGUGCCGCCACCGCUUAUCUCCUACAAGCAAUACAACCUGGACCUGAACACCAUAUCCUGUUCGCCAAGCCAGCCGCACUAUAUUGCAUUGGGCGGUGCCCACAUGCACUGCUUUUUGCAUGAUAGACGCAUGGUGGGCAGGGAUAUGUCUGCUGCCAGAGGAAGCUCUACCCCAAGCGCUGGAAGCGUGGCUGACGAGGAGAUGAGUAAGGCCACACGGUGUGUGCGCAGGUUCGCACCUGGUGGCAAGAGUCAUCCGAAAUACGCCGCCGACGGACACAUCACCGCAUGUAAAAUCAGCGAUGCGAAUCCCAAUGAGAUGGUGGUCAGCUGGUCGGGAGACCACAUCUACAGUUUCGAUCUGAUCCGUAGCCCUGAUGCUCGAGAAGGUCGGGCGGACAAGAAGACGCUCAAAGGCAAGGGCUCACGGGCUCGACGCAGUUCGCGGAGUCGAAAGCGUAAGCGUCAGAAGCCUGCAACACCCUCGUCACAGGAAAGUGGCGGCCGGCAUCAAUCCCGUCUCCGCUCAGAAGAGCCUGAUACUUUUAGAGUUCAGUAUGAGAACGGCGAGGAGGAGGAUGUCCCUUUCCCUACCUUCUCGGAUAGUGUCCCGGACACCGCUGAGAGUAUUCUCGAGCAGACUCGAUAUGCCGUGUUGAAUGAUGCUCAGCGACUGAGCAUGCAGAUUGCUAGGGGCUUGGUAAAACUUCGCAAGACUCUCUUUUCUCUCGAGGCGACAAUUCGUGAGGCGACGAGCUCGGACGAUGUGGAACCAGAAUCCUAUGCGAGUUGCUUUUUGACUGCGUUAGAGCUGGCGACUGAGUAUCUGCCGAAGAUGGAUGAAGUAAUGCGCCAAUGGAGUUAUCCCAUGAAUCCUUCACAGGACACCGUUACGUUUCAGCAAUCUCUUCGCCACAACCGCCAGUCGUCGUGGAGAUUCGUGCAAGCUUCAGGUGCUCUCGCAUAUGCUUUGUCAAACGAGCCGCUAGACCCGGAGUCAAGCUUCCAAAUGAUUAAACCUGCACCCAGCGAGGAUGGGCUGGACCCAAGGGCGCAGUUUAGUUAUGACUUCCUUCGAGCAAUUUUACUCUGGUUGCAAGGUGGGAGAUCCCGUCUCCUCGAGGGUUUCCAGCGUCAUAACUCGUCUCGCCGAUUGCAUGACCGAUACCCAAUCCCAGAUGAGUCCCAAGAAGACGCCAUUGAAUCCAUAUUGAUCCCAUACCUCAUGGAAAUGGCCAGCGACACUCCGAUCGUGAAUGUUGAUGCUUCCAGAUUCGAGCAUGACAGCUCGCGUUUCUUAUUUGGCACUCAGCGCGCGGCUGUUACUGCAUUUGGUAAUGUUAUUCGGUUGCCUCUGGAGGACUUAGGAAAUUCCGCUGCUACGUUCACUACAAGCCGCGACUCCAGUCCUUCUCCACGGGUGCGCUCGCUUGACCGUGCCUCUGCAAAACGCUUCUGGCUCUUGAGAGUCGGCCGAGGGGUUUUGAUGGAAGCAGGUAAAGACGUUAAUUACAUGUUUGUCAACAACGCUUUCGGUGGCUUGCGCGCUACAUCAGAUCCAUCUGAUAGUGAAUCCGAGAGAGAUCAAACCGACAUCGAUCCCAAUGAGGAAGAAGAGAGAAUCAGAAGCAUUGAGCUUGUCAGAACUGGCAAUACUUCGCGGCCUGUUGACCCUCAUCUUGACAAUUAUCCGGGUGAGGGUAGCUCUUCCAACCACGCUGAUGACGAUAGUGGCGACAGCGAAAGGAAUGCCGAUGGGUCUGAUGAUGAUAGAGAUGAUGAUGAUUCUUCUCCAUUGGACUCAUUUGACGAAGAUUCCCCGGAAGAUUCAGACGACUCUUCCACCUCUGGUUAUGCCAUCCCAAGAGUACGCCAAGAAAAUGUUGAGCGUCAUGCACCCUGCUCAACGCAUAUUCGAAGCUAUCGUGGGCAUUGCAAUGUGAAAACCGUGAAGGAUGUCAACUUUUUCGGUCUGAAUGAUGAGUACGUGGUCAGUGGCAGUGACUCUGGUCACCUCUUCAUCUGGGACCGCAAGACCUCCAACCUAGUCAAUAUUCUUGAAGGCCAUCCAUACGAACCCAUGAUUGCUGCCUCUGGAAUCGACAACACAAUCAAAAUCUUCUCAUCGGACCGAAAUGCCCAAGAAGAUGCUCGCAACGGUGUCAACAUUCUAGAUCCUGAAAAUCCAUCCAACACACUCGGUCGAAACUCAUCUAGGGCCGGGGGACUGGAAAGCAAAAAGCGAAUCCAUGAGAGUUAUCGCAUCAUGAGCCAGAACGAUGUUGAGCGUCGUGGCGGUAUGAAUGAAGCACACAUCACUGUAGGUUUUAUCUUUGGGCGCAGCGGGCUGCCCCAAGUCAACGGCACAAUGUUCUGA